AUGUGUUCUUUAGUUGAUGGUGGACAACGAGGAGUGAUUUUUGACCGAUUCACUGGUGUGAAACCUACAGUCGUUGGCGAGGGAACGCACUUCUUGAUACCAUGGGUACAACGGCCGAUCAUUUUCGAUAUUCGCUCAACUCCGAGAAAUAUUCCUUGUAUCACCGGCAGCAAAGAUCUACAGAACGUUCACAUUACUCUUCGAAUUCUUUACCGUCCACUGCCUGAAAGCCUGCCGAAAAUCUACACCAACAUCGGUGUCGAUUACGACGAGCGGAUUUUGCCAUCAAUCACCAAUGAAGUUUUGAAGGCCGUUGUCGCACAAUUUGAUGCAGCCGAAAUGAUCACCCAUCGAGAAGUGGUAAGCCAGAAAGUUUCUGAUGAUCUAACUGAUCGCGCUUCGCAGUUUGGUAUAAUACUCGAUGAUAUUUCUUUGACUCACCUGUCUUUCGGUAAAGAGUUCACUGAGGCUGUUGAACAAAAACAGGUGGCGCAGCAGGAAGCUGAAAGGGCGAGAUUCUUGGUCGAAAAGGCAGAGCAUCUGAAAAACGCUGCAAUCACUACUGCGGAAGGCGAUGCAACUGCCGCUGAUUUACUUGCCAAAGCUUUCCAGGUACUCGCUAGUAUGACCACGUGUUCCGUUAGUAUGGGUAUUGUUAAGGAAGCGGGAUCUGGUCUGAUUGAAUUGAGGAAAAUCGAAGCUGCUGAAGACAUCGCAGUGUCAUUGUCGAAGCAAAAGAACGUCGUAUAUUUGCCGCACAAUCAACCAACGUUGCUUAAUUUGCCUCAGCAUUAG